CUCCUUUUCUUCACUCCCUCCUACCCUCCUCCCUUGCUCAUUUCUCCUCUCCUCUUCCUCACUCUCUGAGCACACAUCCUCAUGCUUGCUUUUUCUCUCCCUUGCCUCUGUUCCUGGAUCCCAGGGCUACUACCCACACCACACCCUGCCCCUUUCUCUUCCAUGAGCCUCUGCCUGGUUCCCAGGGCCUGGGUGGCUUCAGCUUAGAGGUUUUUGAGGUGUUGGUUGGAGGGGCCCUAGGGUCACUGCAUUUCCUCCCAGGGGUGACUUGGCAGAGAUAUGCCUUGUUUCCUCAGUUCUGCAAUUGCCAGGCGACAGCACAGAGGCUAGGGCUGGGGCCCAGACCCAGAGGAACACCCAGAACCUGCGGCCGAGUCACUGCCCUGCUACAGAAUCCUGUGUGGUCUUCCAGGCCCAGCCAGGAUCCCAUGAGCAGCAUCCCGCCGCAGCCUAGCGCGAUGGAGCAGAACGAGUCCUUGCGUGUGGACUCUGAGUUCCGGUACACUCUCUUCCCCAUCGUUUACAGCAUCAUCUUUGUGCUGGGGGUGGUCUCCAAUGGCUACGUGCUGUGGGUCUUUGCCCACCUGUACCCUGCCAAGAAGCUGAAUGAGAUCAAGAUCUUCAUGGUGAACCUGACCGUGGCCGACCUGCUCUUCUUGAUCACCCUGCCGCUGUGGAUCACUUACUACUACCACCAGGGCAACUGGAUUCUGCAGUUCCUGUGCAACGUGGCUGGCUGCUUCUUCUUCAUUAACACCUACUGCUCCGUGGCCUUCCUGGGCGUCAUCACUUACAACCGCUUCCAGGCUGUUACACAUCCCAUCAAGACGGCCCAGGCCACCACCCGUAAGCGGGGCAUCUUUCUCUCCCUGGCCAUCUGGGUGGCCACUGUGACUGCUGCAUCCUAUUUCCUUGUCCUGGACGAGACCAACUCAGUACCCAAUAACAAUGGCACGGGCAACAUCACCCGCUGCUUUGAGCAUUACGAACAGGGCAGCGUGUCUGUUCUUGUCAUCCACAUCUUCAUCGUGUUGGGCUUCUUCCUCGUCUUCCUCAUCAUACUGUCCUGCAACCUGGUCAUCAUCCGGACGCUGCUCAUGCAGCCGGUGCAGCAGCAACGCAACGCCGAAGUGAGGCGCCGGGCACUGUGGAUGGUGUGCACCGUCCUGGGGGUCUUCGUCAUUUGCUUUGUGCCUCACCAUGUGGUGCAGUUGCCCUGGACCUUGGCCGAGCUGGGCUACCACACCAACUUCCACCAGGCCAUCAACGAUGCCCAUCAGGUCACUCUCUGCCUCCUUAGCACCAACUGUGUUCUAGACCCCAUUAUCUAUUGCUUCCUCACCAAGAAAUUCCGCAAGCACCUCAGCGAGAAGCUGUUCUCCAUGCGUGGCAGCCGCAAAUGCUCCCGGGCCACUACAGACACAGGCACCGAGGUGGUGGUGCCACUAAACCAGAUCCCGGUUGCUUCCCUUAAAAAUUAGCCAGGCCAAGUCUUCUCUUCCAGGGACCCCACUCACUGAGCUGAGGGAAGAGGUUGUGGGCCGUGUUCACCUCUUUCUGGUCACUGAUGCCCCAUUACAGAUGGAGGUGACCUCUCUCUUGAGCAGGGCUCAGGGCUGCACUGGACUGCUGGGAAAUCCAGAAACUGAAUGUCCCCUUCAUCUGCUUUGGGUACACAUAGCUAACCUUGACUGAUGGUCUUGCCCGGAGCCCCUGAGGCUAGGAGGACCAUCGAGGCCAGGUGCAAACCUUGGGAAUGGACACUGAGCCACCCAGUUCACCCCAUGGACAGCAGCUUGGGACAGUGAAUCUCAAGUGCUAUGGUGGGGGAGGGGCUCUCCCUGGCUGUGUGGAAGGACUUUUAGACGGAAGUUUGGUGUAGCCAUCCUCUGUCCCCCACAGGCAUAAGGUCCUUAUGACAUUUGGCAGUGAUGGAAUAUUCUGGCUCACCCAGCAACCUUUUCCAAAUGAGAUGAGGACAAAGAUACUGACCGAAGCCGGGGUAUGGGUGGGAGCUUCUCUGCUGUCUCUGCUCGGGCUUCUCCUCGGUCUGGAUCAGCUCUGAGGGAGCAGGAGGGAGAUUUGUCCCUUGCCCAGCCUUUGGGCUCAAUAGCAGACCCCACUUCAGAACCACUAUGGGGGAGCAAAGGCCACUCAAAGCAAAAGUUGUGUUUGUCCAGGCUGGGGAACGUGGCUCUCCAGAGGUUUCUGUUGUAACAGGCGCUGGCCUCUUUCGGAGGCCCCUCAGCCAGCUUCCAGGAAGUGGGAGGGACAGCUGCUGUCCCAACAGCUGGCAGGUGUCAGCUUCUCCUGAGGAUCUUGGCAGGAUGUGAUGUUUUCUCGUCUUGGUGGUCCUGGGUUUGAACUCAGAGGCUUCCACUUGCUAGGCAGGCCACUUGAGCCACAUUUCUAGCCCUUUCUGCUUUAGUUAUUUUUCAGGUAGAGUCUUACACUUUCUUGCCCAGGCCAGCUUCAGGCUACAGUUCUCCUAUCUAUACCUACUGGGAAUGCAGUCAAGUUUCACCAUACCCAGCUUGUUUGUUGAGAUGGAGUCUCACUCACUUUUUUGCCUGGAAUUGUGACCUUCCUGAUUUUUGCCUGAGAGUAGCUGGGAUUACAGGUAUGUACCAUCAUACCUGGUCCUACCUUCUUGUGACUUUUGGCCAGUAAAUUCAAAUGGGAUGCCUCUCUUGCCCUGAGACUGAGGCCUUGGCAUCCUCGUACUUAGGGGACUUGGAGGAGCCUUCUUAGGUUUCCGGAGCACUGUGUUCCCUCUGAGAAAUCUUCCUUCCAGCCAGUGUCUCCAUGAAGUUGGGACAUGCGUUUCCUGUCUCACAGGCAAGCACUAGAUUGUCGAUUUGAUAAAUGUCUCCUGAUGGGCCAAUAAUUUGCUUGGGUCUAUGAUGAUAGCUGAUGGUGAGCAGGUGGCAUACUUGAACUUUGGUGUCACAUCCAGGUUCAAGUCCUUGUCACAUCCUGCCAAGGGCCUGGGCAUUCAGUUCUCUGCCUCUUAGUGUUGUCACCUGUGAAGUAGAACCUACCUUCUAGGGCUGUGUGAGAGCAAACACCAAGGCAGUUGCCUUGUGGUUGGGUGACUGCUCACCUCAGGUCCUCUUCUUUUCUGAGAAUUUGACCCCUCAAUCAUCUCAUAAGAGUUGAAAGGACAUUGGCAUAGUGGCUCAAAUGGUAGAGCACCUGCCUAGCAAGUGUGAUGACGUGAGUUCAAGUCACAGUGCUGUCCAAAAAAAAAGAGCUGAAAGGACAAGAGGUGGCCCUGUAGAGUCAGGGAUGCCAUUUUGGGGUCUGCAGGCCACUGACCUGCAUACCUACAAACUGUAGAGCUGUGACCGUUUACCUGUGCGUUUGUGUGUGUAUAAAGGGGGUGGGGAGGCCACCUGCAUGAGUGUAGUGGAGAAAAUGGCCCUGCUGGAGGAUGUGCAGAGCCAAGGAGAAGCCUGGUUCCAGGAGCCUGGAGGGAAGAGGGGACAAGGCUUUCAGGGUGAGCCGGCUGUCCUGCACUCCUUCCUUUGGGUCCUGUAGGCUUCCGGACUUCUCUUGCUUAAGUUGAUUUGAACAGGCGUCUAUUACAACCCAAAAAGCUCUAAAUGUUGCUAUGCUAAUGCAGUCUUUGGUGAAUUUCAGUCAUUUGCAUGCACUUUGCAAGUUUUGCAGUCUCCAUGUAUCGCCUGUAUAUGUAUCUAAUAAAAUUUGUUAAGUUGAAUCAAUUUUUAAAACUUAUAUUUAACAAAAAGGAAAACUUGUAAAUGAAAGCUAAUGCCAUCUGCCCCAAGCAGGAGGUAAACAUAAACACGAAACCCUACUUAUUAAAAAUGGUUCUCACAGGGUGAGGUGACUCACACUUGUAAUCCCAUGUAUGCAGAGGGAGGACAGUGGCUCGAAGUCAGGCCAGGUAAAAAGUCAGGUCCCAUCUCAACCAUUAGCUGUGCAUGGUGGUGCACACCUGUCAUCCCAGCUACAUGGAAAGCAUAAAUAGGAGGAUGGCAGUCCAGGGCAGACCCAGGGCAAAAACCUACCCCAAAAAUAAGUAAAGGAAAAAGAGCUGUUGAAGUGACUCAAGUGGUAGGGUGUCUGCCUAGCAAGCAAGAGGCCCUGAGUUCAAACCCCAGUAACGCCUCUCAGAAAGAUCUCUGUGUUCUAUGUGAAGUCCCUCAUUUGCUGACGUCCAUGGCACACCUCAGGAAGGCCUGUUGUCACAUGCACGAAGUGCCCAGCAUCUGCAUUCAUUAAGCGCUCAAUAAAGAAUAACUGACACUUCCAGGAUGGUGACUCAUGAUUACCCCUGCUUCUCCUAGGAUGUCAGCCCAGCCCUUACUCCCACUCAGGUUCGUGUGUGUGGGUCUGAGUUGCUGCAGAGGCUUCCCUGCGUGGAGCAGAAGCAGCUGCAGGCCUGGCCGUUCCCUGCAUCUCUGUUCUUGCAGCAGAGAUGGGAGAGCUGAGCUGCCAUUCUUCUCAUGAAAUGCCACUGAUGAGGGUCCCAAGGCACCCUGUGCACCAGGAAGGCCAUUGUUUCCUGUGACCAUCACCUUUCUAAGAUCUCUACCACGAUCUCAGAUGCAGAACUGUGGCUCCUGCCAGACCUGGCCUCAUCGAGCUGAGUCACAGACACUGGUGUGAUCACACUCUCCUGGAGCUGGGCGUGUUUGUACCUAUUUUUACCCCCAUGUUACCACGACAUAAGGCCGCAAAGAGAUAGAAGAACGCCCUAUUGGAAAGCACCUGGGCUUUGUGCCAAGUUGGUAUUUCUGCAGAACAAACCAUGUUCCUCCUGUCAUCCUGCCAGCGGGCUGCCCUCCCACCCACUCACCCAUGGAUCCACCUGUCUGUCCAUCCAUCCUUCCAUUCAUCCAUCCAUUCAGAUACCCAACAAACACCUAUGGAAUAUUUAUUUUGGUUCAGUAACUAUAGUAAGCACACUUGUCAUCUUUUAUCUCACUGAACUUCAUAGCCCCCUGAAGGUAGCUGGUUUUACCUCCACUUUAAAGAAUGCAAUACACAAGGACCCAAGCUGACUGAAUAAGACACAGUGGCUGUCUCCCCAGGUACCUUGUGCCCAAGGAAGGGGAUUGCUUUUUUGUUGCCAUUGAGCCCCAGCUAUUUGCUUGUUAAUGUCACAUAUCUCACUGAGUACCCACCUCACAAUCACCCUGCAGACUAGGGAUUUUCUUGUCCAUUUUACAGAUGGGGAAAAUGAGGCUUAGAGACAUUCAGUGAUGGUUAAAGGUAAAAGAGGUAUAAGUGGCAGGGUGCCAUUCAAACCUAGAGUUGCCUUUGUAAUUGAGGGUCUCCUCCCUUCUCUCCUUACACCAUGUGAUUGGGCCUUCUUCAAGCUCUGCUAAGUCCCCUAGGCGUUGUCUGUCACAUGCUGGGGCAGGAGUCUCCUGAGCAGAAUGGUUGCUGGUGGGGACCUCCUCCUUGCUGUUUCUAGAUUCCUCUUUGAGGUCUCUUGUGUUCCCCAUGCAAGCCAAAGUCCCAGGGGGUCCUUUUUUUUUUUUUUGGCAGUACCAGGGGUUGAACUCAGGGCCUCAUGCUUGCUAAGCAGGUGCUCUACCACUUGAGCCAUACCUCCAGCCCUUUUUUGCGCUGGGUAUUUUUUGAGAUAACAUCUCCAUUUAUGCCCAGGCUGGGCAUAAAUGGAUUCUUCUAUUUGUGAUCCCUUGCAUAGCUGGGAUAACAGGUGGGUACCAUUAUAUCUGCCAUUGGUUGAGAUGGAUCUUGCAAACUAUUUGCCUAGGCUAGCCUUGAACUGAGAUCCUGAUGAUUUCCACCUUCCAAGUAGUUGGGAUUAUAGGCAUGAGCCAUGUGGACUCUUCCAGUUUAGGCCUGUUUGGUCAGCUAAGGUCACUUCUGAGGUGCUGUACAAAAGUUCUGUUUCAAAGAACCGCAGCAACCAGAGUGCACUGUCACUUGCUCAGAGGUGUUCUUAGUGUCUCACCCCUUGGUGACAGGAAGGACAGGGGUGACCACUCAACAUUUGCUGGCUGCUUAUUGUAUGAAAACUUUCCAUCAUUUUUUCCUUCCUAUAGGUACAACUGCCUCUUCCUUCUGAUUUACUAAUCCCCCAUGACUCCCUUCUUUCCUCCUUCCAGGCUUUGCUCAAACGUCCCUUUCUCAGGAAGGCCUGACCUGACAACCUCAUUUAAAGCAGAGCUUAGCGUGUGCAGUAAUUGGCCAGGUUACCCAGUGAUUGUUUGGUAUAGCUUGCUCUGGUCUCAAAGGUCACAAAUGUUCCAUUCUACCCCACAGCUUUCCUUGACAGUCAUCCUCAAUGACACAGAGUGCCACCUUCCAGACAAGAAAGACAAGCAUCGAGUUGGUGCAACAGUGUUCCUAGGUUUCCUAGGCACAACAUGGCAGAGCUGGGUCCAGAGUCCUGUUCUUACCUCCACUGUGCAAGAUGCCUCUCUUCCACAUUGCUGUCUGGAUGCCUUUAAUGUUCUUACAUCACCAGUUUCCAGUCUCUUUCCCCACAGCAUUCUAGUGCAUUCCAUGUACACCCUUUGCUUUGUAUGUAGUCUUGGGAAAUGUAGCGCUUUUGUACAUAAAAGUUAUGAUUUACAGAGCUGGAUGUGACUAGGCACCUCUGGUUCACACUUGUAAUCCUAGCUAUUCAGGAGGCAGAGAUCAGAAAGAUUGCAGUUCGAAGCCACCCCUGCAAAUAAUUCCAGAGAUGCUAUCU